GAUUGGCAGGUCCGGAGUCCCGCCUCUUCCGGUUCACAGGCUUGACCUUCCUGCAGCUGGGCCGCGCACCGGGCCGACAUUGAGGCGUCCUCGCGAUUUGGCCCGACUCGCCCACUCUCGCGACAUCAUGGUGGCGUACUGGCGACAGGCUGGACUCAGCUACAUCCGAUACUCCCAGAUUUGUGCAAAAGCAGUGAGAGAUGCGCUGAAGACAGAAUUCAAAGCAAAUGCCGAGAAGACUUCUGGCAGCACCGUAAAAAUUGUGAAAGUGAAGAAGGAGUAAUCUGUGACAAAAACGAAUCGGGAGAGGAGAACCUGGUGGCCUGCAAGUAAAUAUUUCCUGCAGUGAAGGUCGGAGCAUCUUCCCAUUGCUGACUGACCACGGAUCAUAUAGUAUAGCUCAGUGGUCAUUCCAGAAGGCCAUUAAAGCCCUUAUGGGCCCGGAAGGGAUGGCUGUGCUGUAUGUCAGAAACAGGUAAACCUUAAUUAAAAAGUUAUGGAUGAUUCGAUUACA